CGUGUCAAAAAUUUUUAUAUAAACAUAUUUUUAAUUUUAUUUUAGUAUAAAAAAUUUAUGAGAUUUUAUAAGGGGAAAAAAAAAGUUGUAAGGAAUAUUUAGUAUAAUGAUUAAUUUUCACUGAAUAUUUUUAAGUGAAAAUUAUAUAUAUUUUAACAAAUAUUAAAAAUAUAUAUAACUAAAUAAAUUUUGAACAAAAAAUAUUAUCGAAAUGGAUGAAGAAAAGAAUGAUAAAAAAUUAAAAACAGAAAAUAAAUAUUCAAUUUUACUUCCAACUUAUAAUGAAAUUGAAAAUUUACCAAUAAUUGUUUGGCUUAUUGUUCAAAGUUUGAAUAAAUGUGAUUUUGAAUAUGAAAUAAUUGUAAUUGACGAUGGCUCACCCGAUGGUACUUUGGAAAUGGCCCAGCAAUUACAAAUGCUUUACGGAAAGGAAAAAAUUGUUCUCAGGCCAAGAGAAAAAAAACUCGGUCUUGGCACUGCUUAUCUUCAUGGCAUUAAACAUGCUACUGGAAAUUUUAUAAUAAUUAUGGAUGCUGAUUUGUCACAUCACCCAAAAUUUAUUUCCGAAAUGAUUAAGAAACAACAGGAAUUUAAUUUUGAUAUUGUCACGGGAACAAGAUAUGCAGGAAAUGGCGGUGUUUAUGGUUGGGAUUUUACUAGAAAAUUAAUAAGUUGCGGUGCCAAUUUUUUGACACAAUUUUUAUUGAGACCAGGCGUCAGUGAUCUUACCGGAAGCUUCAGACUUUACAAAAAAGAAGUUUUGGAAAAGCUCACCCAAUCGUGCGUCUCAAAGGGCUACGUGUUUCAAAUGGAAAUGAUGGUGAAAGCACGACAAUUUGGAUACACAAUUGGCGAAGUGCCAAUAACAUUUGUCGAUCGUGUUUACGGAGAAUCAAAAUUAGGAGGCUCCGAAAUCAUUCAAUUUGCUCGGGGACUUUUAUAUUUAUUUUUCACUUCGCUUACACAGUGAAAAAUUCUGACUGAUAAAACAUUCCUCCAAUUUAUACACAUAUGCCUCGUAUUUUUAAUAAAAAAAAAAAAUGAUUUUAUUCAAAAAAAAAAAAAAUUGGGCACAAGUUAUUUAAAAAAAAAAAUCCUAACCAAAAUUGUUGGAAUUGUUUCAUCUUUUUCACCUAUUUUGAUGAUUUGUCUCCUUUUUUACUUUUUUUUUUUU